UUCGUAAAUUUUUCAGCCCAUGUUAAAAAGAUCUUGACAAUACAAAUAAAAUUAUUGAAUUGUGGACUGUUGACUGAAGCCAUGGAAGUUGAGGCCAAAAUAACAGAAUUGAUCUUGGAAUAUGAAAAAUAUGAAAAUAUUCCGGAAGAAAGUAUUUCAUCCAUAUUGGCAUAUGACCAAUUGGCUACUGAAACUUUUGAAAAACUUGGUGGUAGAUAUGUGUUGAGCACAAACACUGAAAAGUUACAAAAUCAUGUCAUAUAUGAAAUGUUGAAAGAGGUGAAAACUAAAGCUGCUUGUAUGUUUUGCAAACAAAGAAUUGACAGGAUUCAAGCUUUGAAAAAUAGGAUAAUACUGAACAUUAGGAAAUCAGAUUUGAACAAAUCUGCAAUUGGUGAUAGAGUCUCCGAGGCCCAGUCGAGAUACAUCACUCCUGAAGAAUCACGGAAAUACAUGAGAAAUAUUUGGAAAAAUGAAAAAGAUUUUCUGGUGCAGUUGAUAUCUGUUCUUUCAGAUAUCACCAUGGAGCAUCCCACAGAUGCUCUCUUCUUCGAAGUUUUACCAGUGCCACCAAAUAACGUUAGACCCGUAAGUUACAUCUCAUAA